AUGUGCUGGAAGACUACCAUUGAGGAACGCUGCAAAAGCUGCGACGAUCUGCUACGCACAGGAUUUAAGCUUGACGAGUCCGCCGAGUAUGAGGAGAAAGGGACCUGUGAGAAUGGUAUUAGGCAGCUGUCCCAGAGAGUCGAGGAUGAGUGCAAGAAGUGUAGGGAGCUUCGGGAAGAACAAGAGCGUAUGACGGCGCUCAAUGCGUUGCGUAAGACGGGGAAGUGA